AUUUCAAUCAAACAUACAUGACAUUUAAAAGCAUUUACGGCAGAAUAAUCCGUAGACUAACAAAUGUAUAGUUUUUGCCAUUUAUAAUGAAAAAGCUUUACAUUAAGUUAAAGACUGGAAGAUGAAAUCCUGAAGAAAUUACUGAUAUGGAAAUGGUUGUAAAAUGAACUAUUAAAAUGCGGCCUGCAGUUGUGACAAUAUGGGUGUUCAUAAAUCUUCUGUUUUUUGGGAUGUGUGGAUAUAUGUAUGUUCUUUGGUCACAAUAUUGGCUGUAUAUGGUAGGAGAAGUUAAUCCAACCCCAUCCCCUUACGAUCAGCAGAUCUAUUUCUACAAUCACGGUUUCAUGCCAACCGAAAAGUAUAUUCUUAUUCCCAAGCGCAAAGAAGAAGCCAAAAUACGUUCGAGAAAACAUUUGAAAGAUAAUUCAACAUUCACGGUGGUGAAAGACAGUAAACCCAGAUUUCCAAACGUUAGAAACUCGAAUUUUGAAUUAGACACUAGAAAAUACAGGUGUAAAAGAAACACAAAUGAUUUCGACUGCCUGUCCAGAACUACCGAGUAUAAGGAAAAACUUUUGAGGGAGUUCAGAAGGGUGAUUUUAGAUGAAAGUAGUGCCUUCAAGUCCGGCUCAGAGAACCCUUAUAGUGUACAAUUCGAGGGGCCGAGAGAAAAUGUUGAGAGUAAAAUACCGGACGAUGUUCUUUGCGACCUAAAGAGGGUAGAAUUUGGAACGCUGAAAAGAUCGGAUUUACCAGUGGAAUCGUAUUUGAGGCCAUUCCUACCGAAGAGGGCUGUUUUCGAGAAUAAAUUCUUCAAUACUUGCGCUAUUGUAGCCAGUUCCGGUGCACUGUACGGCUCCAAUCUGGGAAGAUUCAUAGAUUCCCAUGAUCUCGUACUGCGCUUCAACAAUGCUCCUACAAUCAAUUUCGAAAAAGAUGUCGGCAAGAAAACCACAAUCCGUAUCUUGAACUCCCAAGUGGUUACCAAAAAGGAGUUCGAUUUCUUGAACUCCAACUUGUACAAAAAUGUAACGUUGGUGGCUUGGGAUCCUGGCAAUUAUUCGUCGAGCUUAGAUGAAUGGAUACGCAAACCUGAAUUUCAACUUUUUGAGAACUAUAUGGAACAUAGGAGAACCGUGGAAAAGUCGCGAUUCUACCUGGUGGACCCGAGAACUUUAUGGGGUCUGUGGAGAUUUUUGCAGAGUAACACGAUGAGUAGGCUUAGGAAAAAUCCUCCUUCAUCGGGAUUUUUAGGUCUCAGGCUUCUUCUGCCCAUUUGCGGAUCCGUUGAUUUGAUCGAAUAUAUUCCUUCGACUAGGGUCACCAAACGUUGCCAUUAUUACGACACAGAUAUUAACGCAGCCUGUACUUUUGGUGUGUGGCAUCCUCUCGCCGCAGAAAAACUGAUAACUUAUCGCUUAAACGUCCUCAACGAUACUCAAGUGUUUCAACAGGGAUUUGUGAGGAUUCCUGGAUUCAAGAAGAUGAACUGCUGAAUGACAUAUUUUACCAGUUUGAAAUACAUCUACAAU